AUGUUCGAUCGGCAGGGAAUCCCCGAAGAUCUGGUGCGCGACCACGAUCAAGAUAUCUUGGACUUUCACGAUGCAUUGAUACCGCUGCUUAAUUAUUCUCUGAUCCGGAUGGAAAUUAAAGAACGGCUGUAUGACAUGCACCGCCUAGUGCAGUUAUCGGUCCGAGCGUGGCUGGAGAUGCACCUCGAGCUCGCAGGAUGGCAAGAGAAGGCACGAGCGAUCAUGGCAGAGAUGUUUCCCAAUGGGAAUUUCGAGAGCUGGAAUGAAUGUCAAAGGCUGCUUCCACAUGCGAAAGAGGUGGUAAAGUCUACGUUCAACAGCCUUGAGGGUGUUUCCAUGAAUGUAGCCACGAUCCUAUCUAACUGUGGGUGUUAUUUACAUCACCAAGGUGCUCUUUUUGACGCAGAAGCGAUGCUUCGACCGGCAUUUGCACUACGAGAGAAGAUGAUUGGGCCAGAGCAUCCUUACACGCUCGCUAGUGCCAACCAGUUAGGCUUAGUGCUUGACAGCCAAGGGAAAUAUAAAGAGGCGGAAGUGAUUUAUCGACAGGCACUAGCAAUUUACGAGAAGGUGUUUGGCCUGGAGCACCUUGAUACAGCCAGCAUCGCAAAUAAUCUCGGCUACGUGCUUGACAGCUAUGGGGUAUUUGAAGAGGCUGAAAAAAUGUACCGACGAGGGUUGGAGGUGCGAGAGAAGCUUCUUGGGCCAGAGAACCUUGACACGAUCAAUAGUGUCAAUAACAUUGGCCAUCUGCUGGGCAAACAAGGCAAAUUUGCAAUGUCUGAAGCGAUGCAUCGACGAGCAUUAAAGGCUCGAAAGAAGAUACUUGGAUUAGAGCAUCCACACACGCUUACCAGCGUCAACAACCUCGGCACUGUACUUCAAGGUCAGGGGAAAUACAGACAAGCGGAAGCGAUGCAUCGACAAGCAUUAGCAAUUAGCGAGAAGGUGCUCGGCCUGGAGCAUCAUAUUACGGCCAACAGUGUCAAUAAUGUUGGCUUAGCUCUUGAUAGCCAAGGGAAAUCGGAACAGGCAGAAGCGAUGCAUCGACGGGCAUUAGGUGCAUUAAAAAAUCUGUUUGGACGUGAGCAUCCCCUUACGCUUACGAGUUUCAGUAAUCUCGGAAAUGCCCUCGACAGCCAAGGCAAGUAUGAAGAGGCGGAAGCACUGCAUAGACAGACACUGGAAGCACGAGAGAAGAUGCUUGGGUCUGAGCAUCCGGACACGCUCAUCAAUAUUAACAACCUUGGCCAUGUGCUUCUUAAGCAAGAGAAAUACCGAGAGGCAGAAGCGAUGUAUCGACGGGCACUAGAAGGAUUUGAGGAGGUAAUUGGUCGUGAGCAUCCUGACACGCUCACCUGUGUCAACAACCUUCGCUUCGUACUCUCCAGGCAAGGAAAAUACAAAGAGGUGAAAGCGAUGUAUCAACGGGUACUACAAUUGAAUGAAAUAUAG